UCUGCCGCUCUCCCAAAUGGCGGGCGAAUUGUCUGUAUUUCUUCGUUUCGAAACGACUCUCACAUCAAAUCAGUCGAGGAUUCGGUCAAAGAGUUGAUAACCGAAAGAAAUGAAUUGAUUUUAAAACAAAGAAAAGUGGAUCCAAACUGUCAGUUAUUGACCACAACUUUCUGCGAAUUGGUUUUUAUCAAUACGUUUCCCAUCGAAGACCAGUCGACCACUUCUAAGAUCAUUGAAAUACCGAGACAUCAGUUGAACUCAUUUAUCUCAUCCGAAGUUUAUUCGGUAAAAUCGGGUCGUUUUCUGGCGUCAAAACUGUCGGCAUUAGUGUUGAAUCACUACGAGUUGGCCUCGACUACAGUCACCGGUAUUCCCAUGAAAGAGGAACAGAACGCCAGCUCUUCAGCCAACUAUGACGUGGAGAUCUUGCACUCAAACAAAGCGCACUCCGACUCAUUCAGAUCCGGACUUAUUAACAAUGAAGACGUUUGUAUGCAAACAAGUAAUGAUUACCACACAAUCAAACUUCGAUGGAUAACUCCUCGAACCAAUGCUCUUGAGCUCCACUACUGUACGACCGCUCAUAGGAUCACAUCUGUCGAUGUGAACAGUCGACCGGCCAGUUGUCUAACAAACUUCUUGCUGUCUGGACGGACAGUGAUGUUAGAG